CACUCGAGAGGUGUGACUUCAUUACGGAUACAAUAAGUGAAAGAAAAGGAUGGAAGAAUGUGAGCUUGACCUUAAGAUGCCCUCGUUGCCAUCAUCUCCAUCCAGCAGUCCAAAUCCUUCACCUUCCGAUGAGCCUGACUUAGAGUGGUGUUUGCGAAGAACGCAUGAUGUUGCUUUAAUAUAUGCGGAGGACGACCAGGAGGAAGCUUUUAACAUAUUGACCGAAAUGACUUCGGAAACAAACCUUGAUGUCCGUCUGCAGACAGACGAGUGUUUUGGCGGAGGUCUUGUUAAGAAACCUGGUAGAAUUGCCUCACUAUGCUGGCUUGUGUUAGUAGUUCAAACACGUAAUACAACCAACGACAUGGUAGCAAAAUUCACUAAAGACGAACUAAUUGCGAAAAUUCGUAUCACAGAGGCCAUGGAUUAUAUUCGACCCCUUUGCACUGAAAAAGGACUUCCAAACUUAUCAGGUCUGGCAUCUAUUGAGUCCUUACUUUGGGAUCCAUCAGCCAAAACGAGAACGAAGAGAAAGAUUGAGGACUAUAUUAAAUGGCAAAAGGAACAGGAUGUAACACGGCGCAUCGAAAAUUUGAAACUUGAUGCUCAGGUGAACCUCUGUGACCCGGAUUACGUGAAAACCAAACGCCUCUCAAACGAUUUACAGGUUUAUGACAUGAGUGGCGAUCAAAAAGGGCUCCUGUUCAUCAUCAACAACUACGAAUUUACAGAUUCCAAAAAAUAUUCCAGCAGAGAUAGCAGUUGUAAAGACGCAAAGUCCCUGAAAACAUUGUUUGAGCAGUUUGGAUUUAAAGUUGAAACGGAGAACAAUCUGACAGCUCAGGGCAUAAUGGACAAAUUUGUGCAACAAGUCGAAGCGUUUGAAAAGAGUGGCUAUCGCUGCUUCGCUAGUGCCAUUUUAUCACAUGGCAUAAAAGGUGGCGUAGUCGGCACAGAUGGCGACUCUGUGUCUAUAGAAAAAAUCAAGAAUAUAUUUUUGGAUGAACGCUUGAUACUUCACAAGGACAAACCGAAGAUCUUCUUUAUUCAAGCUUGUCAGCAAGGCAUGUCAGAUAAAAGUAUAUCAUUGUGAAUCCUUUAUUGCAACAAUGCAUUAAUAAUAACCCCUCCAUACAAUCAAGAUAAUUAGUCAUGAUGGACAGCUGAAAACAAUGGAUCGGUUGAAAAAUAAGAAAACACUAAUUUCUUUCUUUCUCAGGUCCGACUUCGCCCGAUGUGACGCCUGAAAAACCAGGCAAAUUACCUCA